AUGCCUGGACAACCAUCGUUCCUACCUUCUCCUCCUGAGAUCCGCGCUGGGGAUUGCGAGAUGGACGGCUUGGAACACGAGACACAGUCUAGUAAGGCUGCUGCCGCGGCACGUCUACAAUCCAUAAGGAACGUGGUUCAAACCCAGCUUAGUCUGGAAAUCGUGCUCAAGCAUAAAGAACUCCGGCUGAUCGACCAGGAAAUUGCCAAGUGUCAAAUCUCCUUGGAGCAACUGCGGCGGUGCACGGAAAUCCCUUACCCAGGUACUGAAGGGCCCUCUUUGGCAGUGAGCGAGGGUACUGGACAUGCCUUGCGUGGCUCCUUCCCGACUCCUCUACCCAAAUCCCCGGCUCCGUGGGGGGUGACAAAUGGUCCUUACACUCGUCACUACGCGAGCUGGCUUCUUCCAGAUCAUCGAUUCGAUGGCGGUGAACCUGAGCCUGUGAGCAGCUUCCCGGCAGGCAAGUCUCCCCUGAAGUCGAGAUCGACCAGGGGAAGUAUUGUGGAUGUUCCGCAAGCCUCAAGUGCAUCUCGCUCUCAACGCAGUGGCAAACUCAAAGCUCUACCGGCUGGUUACGGUCAUCCCAAAGAGAAGGCAACUGGUCCUAUGAUUGUCAAGAGGAAGUCCGACGGGCGCAUGGUGAAGCUUGUCUGUCCCGACUGUGGUAGACACGAUUUCGGCAGUGCACAAGGAUUCAUCAAUCAUUGUCGAAUAGGACAUGGCAGGAGCUUCGCAAGUCACGAUGCGGCCGCUGAUGCUUGUGGAGAACCGGUCGAGAUUGAUGAUUCGGGAGCAAUGGUCGGUAUUGAACCUGUGGCUACACCCACAGGUGGUAACGUCCAUCCUCUCAUUCGCUCUGCCAAGUUGUUGCAGCCCUCGGCACCGCGGACGGCGCAAUCGUCGCCAUCCUCAGACGACGACGGACGAGUGGUCAAGUCAAAGGAAGUAUCGCCCGACUUUAAGGGUUCAGUGUUGACACCCAAUUUGUCGGAGCUGGUUAAGGUCAAAGGACUUGGAUUUGAUCUUCAAGAGAUGGUAAUUGAUGCUAAGCAGAAGGUUGAGAUGCCAGAGUCGGAUUCGGAGGAUGACCAAAUGGAUGUUGAUGUGCCCAUGCAAAACACAGCGCAAGGCCGACACCCGCAAGUGGCUGGAACGAAGCAGCCUUCUAAAUCCACCAAAUCUCCAAUGUCUUCGCCAUUGUUGAGUACCAGCAUGUCGAGAUCGGCCGCCAGUACGCGCAGCAGUCUGCCACAGUUCGACGGGGCGGCCGAUAAUACCGUCCAGCAACGCCCGAGAGGAAUCGACAUCCCCACUGAGCAGACCUCCAUGACUGAAAUGCAGCCUUCAGAUCCGUCCCCAACUAGUGAGUCCAACCAGGCUCCGAGUUUGGUCGACGACGACGAAGAGUUCGAGCCUCACUCGCCCACAAGCAGUUCCGUGUCUGAUGAACAAGACGUUGGUGAGGUUGAUUUUGAGGUUCGAGGCGACGAAGACGACGAUGCCCGAAGUGUAUUGCGAGGUCCAGAUUUUCAGCCCAGUUGCACACAACCUGCAAGACCUACUGGGCACGUCAGACGACCUUCGGCCAUCCGUCGACAGGGUGAAGACCGGGAAGAGAAGCACGUUACUUUCGUGAGUCCAAGUCCGGCCAGAGACUUGCCAGCACCUCGUCAAGCCGGUGACCGGAAGAGGAGGAAGGCCUAG